AUUCAAAUUUUAAGUUUUCAACCAUUUCCCCUCCUUUAAAUCAACCCCUGACCCCCUCUCUGCGAAAAGGGGGUUCCAUUCCAUCAAUCGUGAUCUGUUCCUAAAGCGGAAAACCUGCAACAGCAUCAGAUUAUGGGCCGUCGAGUCUGUCCUGGAAGUGGUCAGAGUUCUUUGGGUUACCUUUUUGGAGGCGGAGAGGCUCCUAAAAAUCCUCCAACACCAAAGGAUUCGAAUAAUGAGCCGUCUGUGGACAACAAUAAGAAGGCUCCUGCAGGCAUACUUAGUAACACCACAACCAACACUUUCACAAACAACUACCUUCGAGCAGAUGGCCAGAACUGUGGCAACUUUCUAUCGGAUCGACCUUCGACAAAGGUACUGGCAGCACCUGGGGGCAGCUCUUCUUUGGGUUACUUAUUCGGCAACAAUUGAAGUCCACAACAGCUGAAAAUGGUCAUUUUCUAAGAGCUUAUGCAUAAUAUUAGAGACUAGCAAUUGCAUAUGAUCUGCUGCUAGAGCACUAGGAACUGUUUACACUUCCCUGUAGGCUUUCUUAUGACAUUUUGUUGUGGGUUGUCAAUUGCAAUGAAGAACGCUUAGCAUUUUACUAUCAACUCCCAUUUGUGCAGUAAGCUGCAGUAUAGGAAUCAGAAAUUC